UUGUUGAUAGAAGCGCGGAGAGCGGAGAGCAUGAUGUGGGUCGUGUGCGAGUAGUGUUGUGGGGAACUUCGAUCGGGCGUGUUUUGGCGGCAACAAUGUAAAAUUAAGGUUGUUGGAGAAUGGCCAUUGGUGGUGGGAAUGACGGCGGAGUGGUUCGAGUUUUUUCGCAGUAUCAACGAUGCCAUUUGUUCAGCGUGUUGUGGAACCCGUCUUUCUGAGUCGACGAAAUGCCGCUUCAGAAGAGGAAGAAAACAACAAAUUAUUGACCGACUAUGAGUUGGAAACAGUUGCAAACACUACACUGAGCAAUGCAUUACGACAACUUGCAUCAUUAGUUUUAAUUGCGAACGAUAUUUUCGAUAGUCUGACUAAGGAACUCGAAGAUGUACGUGACAGGUCCAGUAAGCUUCGGAAGCGGAUUGAAGCAGUGGAAGGAAAAGUUUCGGAAUAUGACCCCAAGACAGUGACAGUCCGGGGUUGCAACCUCGCCCACCCCACCCCACCUCCCUGGCUACGCCACUGGUCGUCGUAUUCCCGUGGAUCAGGUUUCGCUGCUGCGCCAACGACCCUUCGCCUGUUCGCCGGGGCGCAGCGCAGGCGAGUGAAGCACGACGGGAGGGGGAGGGGUGAGUAUCAGCUCCUCUCUGAAUUCUCCAGUGUUCUUAUCCUGUGGGUGUCGGCGGUGAGUUUAAGUGAGUAUCUGCAACUGUUCAUGACGAUACUUCAGGAAGUAGGCGUCGAUCGUCUAUCCAAAACCUUGCCCACCGACCAUUCUGGCAAUCUUCGGCGCUGCAGAGGGCCACGAAAGACUGAACCAAAUUAG